AUGCCUACUCUAGAGGAAUCUUGUCUCAUCGGGAGAGGGAAUGAAAAAGUGGAAAUCAUCAAACUAAUCUCAAAUAAAGAUCUCCAGCAUUUUCAUGUGAUUUCCUUGUGGGGAAUGGGUGGUAUUGGAAAAACAACACUAGUCACAGAUAUUUAUCAAAGCCAAGAGAUCAGUAGCAUGUUUGAUAAGCGUGCUUGUGUCACAGUCAUGCGCCCUUUCAACUCAGCAACACUCUUGCAGAGUUUAAUUAUGCAAUUCAGAGAUAAGAAUGAAGAUAAAAAUGAGACAGAUUUGAGGAAAUGUUUAGAAGGAAGGAGAUAUUUGCUUGUUCUUGAUGAUCUGUGGUCCAGAGUAGAGUGGGAUGCUAUAAAAGAGUAUUUGCCAGAAACUGCAGCAAGCUGUGUAAUAGUCACCACAAGGGAAGAGAAUAUCGCCAAGCAGUGCUCAAAGAAUAAAAGAAACAUAUACAGGGUCAACCAUCUGGGCCCUAAUGACGCAUGUGCUCUUUUCACCAAAAAGGUAUUUAAGGAGACCAUAAAUUUGGAUGGGCAAUAUCCGGAGUUGGUUGAACAAGCAAAACUGAUAUUGAAGAAGUGCAAAGGACUUCCCCUUGCACUAGUCACCAUAGGUGGCUUCUUGGCAAGCCAACCAAAAACUGGUUUUGAAUGGAGAAAAUUGAAUGAGCAUAUUAGUGCUGAAUUGGAGAUGAAUCCAGCACUUGAGAUCAUAAAAGCAGUCCUUAUGAAAAGCUAUGAUGGUUUACCCUAUUACCUCAAGGCUUGUUUCUUGUAUCUGUCCAUCUUUCCAGAAGACCAGAAGAUUGCACGGAGACGCUUAGUGCGUCGUUGGAUUGCAGAGAGUUACUCAAGUGAGGUGUGUGGCAAGUCAGUGGAGGAAGUAUUGGAGUGUUACUUCAUGGAACUUUUAAGCAGGAGCAUGAUCCUGCCAUCUCAACAGUCAAUUCAUAGUAGGAAAGGAAUUGACUCCUGCCAUGUCCAUGAUCUCAUUCGUGAAAUUGCCAUCUCAAAGGCUAUGGAGGAAAAUCUUGCAUUCACAUUGGAGGAAGGUUGCAGCUUAAAUAACCAAGGCAUGGUGUGUCAUCUUGCUGUAAGCAGCAAUUGGAAGGGGGAUCAGUGUGACUUUGAGAAUAUAGUAGACUUGUCCUGUGUACGAUCACUGACAGUGUUUGGAAAUUGGAGGCCAUUUUACAUUUCUGGUAAGAUGAGGUUGCUACGAGUGCUGGAUUUGGAAGGCGAGUGGGAUCUAGUUGAUCAUCACCUUCAGCACAUUGGGAAGCUUGUACAUCUUAGAUAUCUUUCCCUAAGAGGACAUCAUACAAUAUUUCACCUGCCAAAUUCAUUGGGGAACCUGAGACAGCUCCACACAUUAGAUAUUUCAGGUACAAGCAUAAUAAAACUACCAAGGACCAUCAUCAAGCUUGAGAAGAUGGAACACAUUCUUGCUAGUGGCACAGGAGAUGCAGGUAGUCAUAUAGAUGCAGAUAAGCAGUCUCUGAUGUUGCCUCUCUGUUCAGCGUAUUGUUGUGUGGCAUGUUGUACACGGAGGAUCCUAGAAAAUGAACUCGAUCUUGAUGAUAGUGCACAACUUAACAGGCGUGAUAUAUGCACUAUGUUCUGUUGCAACAUAUUACCAUAUUUUGUGGCGGGACGAAACCCAGGUGGUGUUGAAGUGCCAAGGGGAAUUUGGAAACUGAAGGCCCUGCACACACUGCGUACUGUGGACGUCUCAGUGGGGAAGGCUGUUCUACAAGAUAUAAAAAAGCUCACCCGGUUACGCAAGUUAGGAUUGACGGGCAUCAACAAGAGAAAUGGUCAAGAGUUGUGUUCAGCAAUUUCUCGUCUCAACAGCCUGGAGUCAUUGUCACUGCAAUCACAUGGAGAGACAGGUUUAUCAGUUUGCUUGGAUGGCCUGUCCUCACCUUCAGAAAACCUGCAGAGCCUCAAGUUGAUAGGCAACCUGGUUAAGCUGCCGGAGUGGAUCCAGGGGCUGAAAAAUCUUGUGAAGCUGAAGCUAGAUGGGUCGAGGAUAUCGGAGCAUGAUGCAGCCAUACAAGUCCUUGGGAGUCUACCAAACCUGGCCACCCUACAUCUAUUGGAUAACUCGUUCGUUGGUGAAGAGGUCCGUUUCAGUUUCUGUCAGGAGGCAUUCCCGAGCCUGAAGGUGCUGCAGUUGGAUUGCAUAGGAAACCUCAAGCUGGUGGGAUUUGAAGAAGGAGCAGCCCCUAAGCUUGAGUUGCUACAUUAUUCUAAACUGAGGAGCAAUCCCAGUGUUGGGUUGUUCUGUGGGUUACCACAUCUGCCAAGCCUCAAGAAUUUUAUGCUGAAUAGGAGGGACUGGCGUGAUACCAAGUUGGUGGAGGACCUGCGAGGCCAGCUCGCAGAGAAUAAGAACGGGCCCGUUUUGAAGAGUUAUAGUACUCCCUACGUCCGAAAAAGCUUGUUCUUCAGACGGGUGCAUUUAGCACAAAAUGGACGGAGGGAGUAG